UCAAUUCAAAAGUCAAAAUUUUCACCCAAAUUGCAGAAAAUAUCGUGUACCUUCUAAAAUUGUUGCAUUUUGCUUAUCAAAUAGAAAUUGUAAUUAGAAUUCUGUAAUUUGCCAUAAAUUAACUAUGGCAGAUGAAGGUAAUGAGGAUAGCUGGUUGUACGGGAACACUCACUCAGAGGGAAGAGAUGAAAGUGCCGUAGAUGGCGAAAAAGAUGAUGGUGUCGGUGUCGUUCCCCAACAAGAGUGGGAUAAAUCCAAAGAAGAUGGGCAAAAUAAAUCUAACCGAUCCCAUGAUAGUUUUUCGGAUGACGAUCACCAACUUGAUGAUAAUGCAAUGGAUUCAAGUGAUGUUCAAGCCAGAGAAGAAACUGAACGCAGAGAAGCUGAGUUUCAAGGUGAGGAAGAUUCGCAGCUUCAAGAAGAUGAAAGUCAAAAGGAGAAGCGACGAGAACGCAGCGAUGGUGAAAUGGAAACUGAUGACAGCGAUGAUGACGAUGAUAUAAAUGUUGUGAUUGGGGACAUAAAAUCCGGACCUAGUUAUAAUAUAGUAAAACCAAGAAUACCGAAAGUUCCGCCACAGGUUACCCAAGCUGUACCAGGACAGGACAAAGCGAAGCAGCCGGCCGGAAAAUUCAGCAUCGAUGAGUUUGAAAGUGUCGGUACGAUUAACGGAGUUCCGGCACAUGAGUUUAGUAUUGACUCUUUGGAUGAGAAACCAUGGCGAAAACCUGGUGCCGAUAUAACCGAUUACUUCAACUAUGGAUUCAAUGAAGAAACAUGGAGGGCUUACUGUGAACGUCAGAAGCGUAUGCGAAUGCAUGAAAGCGGAGUUGGUUUACAAGGACUGACCGUGAAUAAUCCGCAAGCAGCCCAGGCACAGCCACAUUGGAGACAGGGUCCACCUCCGCCUAGAAAGAUGAAUAAUGGUAUUGACGUUAUCGGCGGUAUGAAUAUGCACCCACGAAUGGAUGGUGACAUGAUGCCUCGCCAUCCUAAAGAAAAUAUUAUUCAAGUAAUGACCGCCGAUCGUCGCGAGUACAGUCGUUCUUUGAACAAAUAUGAUCCAUCUAUGGGCCCACCGCCAUUCGGAGCCCCACCCGAGUUUUAUCACAACGAACCAGAUUACGGUGAUUAUGGCUACGAACCAACUCAGGAAUCGCAAUGGAACCAGGAAAGCAGCUGGCAGCCUCACGGUAUCAAAACGCUUACCCCAGGACCACCGCCGCCCGCGAUGAUUCCACCAGGAAUGAAUAUGCAUCCUCACAUGGAGAUGAUGCCCCCGCCAAUGCAACCUGGUAUGGGCAUGGGACAUCCUGGAAUGGGUCCACCCGUGGGUCGUAGCCAUGAUCGGCACGGUGGUGAACGUGAUCGAGAGCGGGAACGCGAUCGUGACCACCACGGAAAAACACGUGAACGCGAACGUGAACAUCGUCGGGAACGUGACAGAGAUAGAGAUCGCGAAAUGUCUCUAAAAGCCGAAAGUGGUGAAUUGGAACGAUCACGAGCUGAGAAAUCCGAGAGGGAUGCCGAAAAAGAAAAGCGUUCUUCCAAACCGGAUCGCCACAAGGAAAGGUACCGGGAACGCUCGCGUAGUCGCGAAAAAUCUAAAUCAAGAAGAAGAUCUCGCAGUCGCGAACGCGAACGUCACAGUAGUCGAUCCGAUAAAAAGAAGUCCCACCGUAAGGACAAGGACGAAAGCGAGUAGAUGGCGCGAAGAACUAAUUAACUUAAAGUGGACAGCGUUUGUAUUGCUGUAAUUCCCAUUUUACAAAUGAAUAUUAAUAAAUAGAACAUGAGAUGACUCAUUUAACUUAAAA